UUUUGGUACGAGUGCUGAUUAAAUCCUAAACCAGGAACCCGGAAAUGGAAAGAUGCUGCAAAAGAAAUUUGAAGAGAUGUAGGAAAUAAUUGAGAUCUACCCAGAAGAUCCAGCAGCCAUUAAUGUCCAGACUCUGCGGGGAGAUAUGUGUGCAGUUGUGGUGACGGGGGGCUCCGGGUUCCUGGGUCAGCACAUCGUCAAACACCUCCAGCUGAGUGCCCCCUGGGUGACAGAGAUCAGGGUGUUUGACCUGGUGCCCUUUGUCAAGUUUCUGGACUACCGAGACAGACUAGAGGUAAAGAGCUACACUGGGAGUCUAGGAGAGACAGCGGCUCUAAGGAAAGCCUUCUGUAAUGUGACAGCUGUGAUCCAUGUGGCUUCUGUUAUAGACCCUAGGUUUCAGCCAGAUAAAAAACUUCUUCAGGAAGUUAAUGUCGAGGGCACUAGGAAUGUGAUUUCGGCCUGCCUGGAGGAGCGUGUGGCUAGCCUGAUUUACUGCUCCUCUAUCAGUACGGUUCAGGGCUACUCCCACUGUCUGGGAGGGACAGAAACGGAACUCAGGGAUGUCAGUCCACUGUUAUUCCGAGAUUACGGAGGUACCAAAAAGGAGGCAGAGAAACUGGUACUGAAAGCUGAUGGAACUCUCUUAUCAAAUGGGAAGAAACUGAGAACUAUAUCUUUAAUACCACCCACAAUGUUUGGAGAGGGGGACAAAUUGAUUGCCAUGAUCUUACAGUAUGCAGAAGAUAACAAUGGAACAUUCAUACGGAUGGGCAGUGGACACAAUCUUGAGGCCUAUGCCUAUGUUGGCAAUGUAGCGUGGGGGUUUGUAUGUUGUCUAAAAUCAAUGUAUGAUGACCCUAACUUGGGAAAUGAGAGAAUGUUUAUCAUGGAUGACACACCUCCGCAAUCUCUUCAGGUACUGAGUCGGCCAUUUUUAGAGAGCAGGGGGUUUAAAAUGACAUCGUAUUACAUCCCUUUGUUUUUGGUGUUAACCAUUUGUUUUAUUGUGGAAACAUUUUGUCUUUUAAUCUCACCUUUUAAAAGAAUCUCCUUUUCUCUGAGUUUAUCAGGAAUUAUUUUUUCCACAAGGAAGUUUUAUGUCAAGUAUGACAAAGCUAAGACAUUGAUUAAAUACUCUCCAUUGUACUCGUUUGAGCAGGCAGUGAAGCAGUCUUUACCUUAUUAUAAGAAUCUAAAGUUAAAAAAUUAACUGACUCUCUCUUUUUGCAUCCUCUAUGUGUCAAAUUGUUACCUGUGAUGUUUUUUGAAUGACAUAAUUUUAUGAACAGUAAUUGAAUCUCAGUUUUUGUCAUGAUGAUUUUGAACCUGUCUAUCAGCAAAAGCAUAGAUAUAUAUAUUAUGUAUUAUAUGAAAAAUGACCUUUAUGAAUUUUUUUGUGAACAAGAAAAGUUAGUGUAUAUAUUUUUGUGAUUCACUGUGUUACAGUGUAUUUUGGUAGAUGUUGUGUGUGGUUUUGGAGUAUUUAAUGUGCAAUUAAUUGUUAUUAUAUCAAAUAUUUUUUAGAGAGACAUUUAUUUUUUUUUUCAACUACCAGGUAGUAAAUUUACAACUUUGAGAUCAUUGUAUGAAUCUUAAAACUGUAGUACACAUGUGUUUGUUAAAAUCUGUCACAAAUGUUUGCAUAAGUCAUAAGGUAUGAUAUGUCCAUUUUGAUCCUUACAUUGCAGGUUCUAUCCCACUGGGGGAUGUGAAGAACAGUCCUUUGGAUAAGACUGUAUAAACAGAGAAGAUGUAGGUGCUGGCACCUCACUGCUCAAUGGCUCCGAGUGCCAAGUAUAGGUCUAAAUUUGCAGCUGUCCACCGGCAAGUGGUGGCAUCUCCAUAUGAGUGAAAAAUUCUUGAGAACAAGUUCUUUAAUACAGGGUUGCUACAUGAUCAAACAUACAGCAUUUUCGGCUUUGUGGGAUUUUAUCAUGUGACCAACCUGUACAUGUAUUUACAUCCCAAUAAGAGUUUUUAAAAUGAUACCUUAUUUCCUUAUACAGGAUAACACAUUUAGCAUGUAUUCUAACUGUGACACUGAGUGUGUCAGUGUCAUACACACUUGAUCACUUUAUUGCAAGACUCUUUACUUUACUGGACUCUAUGUUGUUGUUUGAAUGUCAUUAUAUAACUAAUGCGAUUGUUGAGAGGUAUGUACAAGUCUAGAGAUUUUAUUUGAUGUUUAUAACCUGUUCAAUUUGAAGAUUUAUUUCUUACAUAAUGUGUCUGCAAUCUGUUUUUUAUGUAUAUUUUUCAUUCAUAAUUGUAGAUCUGGCUCUCAUCAUAAAAUAGAUCUGAUCUGAAAACUUUUUUGUAUGUGUGGAAUAAUAUUCAAUGUAUUGUGUUGUUAUGAAUACUUAUACACUAGUAUAUAAAUACAUGUAUGGUAGAACAUAAUUAUGUAUACAUGUAAAUGGAAGUACUUGUACAAAUAUUUAUACACCAUGGAAAAUUUAGAAGUACCUGUAUUUUUUUAGGAAAUGCCUUGUCUGUCAUUUGUUCUAUUCUUAAAGCUGUGCCUAAGCCUUUUCUUUGCAUUUGAAAAAAACAUUUAAAUACAUACAACUGUAUAAUUGUACAUUACCUAAUGAUGUGCUUUGACCUCAUACAAAGACAUAUGGGCAAGUUCAAAUUUACCUGUAGGGAAAGCAAAAAAAAUUCUUUCCAUGUCAUAUUUUUUUGUAAUUGAGAAACAUUGGGGAGUUCAAAUUAACAAAAAUGUUCUGAAUGAGUUAUGCCAAAGUCAUGAACAGAAUAUACAUGUAUCUCAUUUCUUGGUGAACCAAACUCAAGGUUAUUUGCUUAGGUCAGGGUCAUUGAUUAGAAAACACUUCAAAACAGAAUGAAUUUUUGAAGGGGCAUCACUAGGUGAACUUGCUCAUAGUUAUAGAUAUUUGUAACAAGUGCUGUUUUUUUAGUAUGUGGUUCCAAAUUUAUAUGAAAAUACCAACAUCACUCAGGCAUUGUUUUGAGAAAUUUGCUCCAAGUUAUAUUUAAAUGAUCAAAGCACUCUAUCACUCAGGAAGACUACUUUUAAAUGUUUUAGUGAACUCAUACUCACAUUUUACCCGCAGAUCAUUUUUAAUAUAGCCAAUACUCAAUAUUUUUUAUAUUCCUGUAUCAAUAGGUAUUUUUUUAUUUAAGCAGUUUAGAAAUUAAAUAUUUUUAUGUCAAAAAUACUUAUUUUGAAGCAUAAUCUACCCUGUUAUGAAAAACUUGUACAUGUAUAACUGCAUAAUAAAUUUACUAAUAUA